AUGAGUUUGGGAGCAUCAACAUCACCUCCCUUGACAGAAAGAAGAGCUAGAUGCAUUCCAGAUAAAGACAUUACUUUAGUUUUCAUAUAUAGGAAGGAAUGGGAGGGAAAAGAGGGUAGCACGCCAGAGUGGAGUUGUGGAAACAAACAAACUGAAGACAGAAACUGGGGUCUUUCCCACUUUCCUUUCACAGUGUUUUUUGCUUCCACUAAAGAUGGUCAUGUCUUUUUUUUUUUUUUUUCUGCUUUUUUUUUUUUUUUUUUUUUUUUUUUUUUUUUUUAUUGA